ACUAUUGGAGAGAGCUGUGCGUAGACUAUUAUUAAUUAUUCGCUGGUUCCUUCCUUCUCUGCUCUGCUUCCUUCUCGCCGGAGAAGGAAACGAGAUUUCUCGAGGGAACAGAGAUCCAAAAUCCCGAAUCCCGACCUCCAUCCCUCGUUCUUCUUCUCACCCCGCAGGUCGCGUCCUCGCCCACCCAUCGAUCGAUUACGGCCAGCCUCUGCUCCAAUCCGAGGCUGCUGCUGCUGCUGCUGCUGCCGCCGCUGUUGAUCUAAGCUGCUCUGGUCUGGCCUGGAAUUCUAGAUGAGAUGCUGCAGCGGGCGGCAAGCAACGCCUACUCGUGGUGGUGGGCGAGCCACAUCCGCACCACCCAGUCCAAAUGGCUCGACGCCAACCUCCAAGAUGUGGAGAACAGGGUCAAGAUCAUGCUCAAGCUGCUCGGGGAGGAGGCCGACUCCUUCGGCAAGAGGGCUGAGAUGUACUACAAAAGAAGGCCGGAGGUCAUAAGCCAUGUCGAAGACGUGUACAGGGCCUACAGAGCUCUUGUGGAGCGCUACGACCACUUAUCCAAGGAGCUACAUAAGGCCAACCACACCAUUGCUACUGCUUGUCCAGAUGAAGUGCAGUAUGCGAUGCUGGAAGAGGCGGACGAUAAUUUCCCAAGAGCCAUCAUGCCGAUCAACUCACGCAAGAUACAGAAGUCAACCGUAGAAGACAUUCUGAAGAGAAAAAGAGAAGGGACGCCCGGGCGGCUAAAGGGAGUGCACGAAAGGCCUGCUCCUCAGAUGAGCAAAGACAAGGCUGAAGAAGAGAUUGGCAGGCUGCAAAAGGCUAUACUUGUCAUGCAGACCGAGAAAGAAUUCGUUAAGAGUUCUUACGAGAGUGGGGUUGCCAAGUAUUGGGAGCUUGAGAAGGAGAUUGCAGAUAUGCAGGAGGAGAUUUGUCACAUGCAGGAUGAAUUUGACGCGCAUGCAUCCAUUGAUGAUGAUGAAGCUCGUGCCCUGAUGACGAUAACAGCUCUUAGGUCAUGUCAGGGCAUGGUUGCUGAGCUUGUGGAGAAAUUUGAGGAGUUAAUUAGGAGCGCAAAAAUGGAGUCUGAAAAAAUAGCAUCUCUCCGGGAAAAGUUCUAUGCUAUGAGCAGAAUCAUUGACCCGUCUAAAGAAGAAGUUGGCAGUGUAAACACGACACCGAGUGACAGAACUUAUCCUAUUACUCGGGAAAUACUUGAGUUACAGACUAUGUACGAAAAAAUUGAGGACUUCUUUGACAACAAUUCAGAAUCCUCGGUGGAGGAGAUGGCAUAUAAAGUUGAUGAACUUGUUGAUAAGAUCAUUGACUUGGAGCUUAAGUUACCAAAGCAGUCUGCACAAAUCAAGCAACUGAAAGAAGAAAAUGAGAACAUUGAGAAUAAAUUAGAUGAUUUAGAAGAUGAGGUAGCACUCCGUGAUGAUCCAGGUGACUCGAGGGAAGAGCUCAAGCUAGUAGAAGAUAAAUUGAAUAGAAUCAGGGUUAUUGAAGGAUCUAUAAUUGAGGAAGAAGUUCUUGUUAGCACAGCCUUUUCUGAAGUAUAUAAUUGCAUAACUAGUAUCUCAAAGGCAUUUGGACCUGAAGACCUGUCUGGUUUGUCAGCUAUGGCGGGAGACAGCACAGCACCUUCUGAAGAUGUAUGCAUCGAGGAUGUUACAAAAGAGAGCACCGAAAUGAAUGGACGAGAAAUCAGAGACAUUGAGGCACCGAUUACAGGUGAUACUUUGGGCAGACACGUACCUAGAGAAGAUGAUGACCCGGAAGUUGUUGAUGGCAAUUCAUCACAUGGUACUGAUGGUGUCUAUGACUCCAAGAAUGGUGCCGAGGAAAAUUUGCUGAUGGAAAAUUGCUUACCACAGGAAGAAUUCAUAGAUAAAAAGUCAGUACAAGCUGGCAGCCAUUUUAAUCUGAUUGUUAGUUCAGUCACCGAGAAUGGUCUCAAGACAAUAUAUGAGGGCAAAACAGAUAGCUCAUCGGAGGAAGUAGACCAGAGUUCAUCAGGUGGUACAAACAAAAGUGGGGAUAUGGAAAAUGAUGGCUUCGAAAACUUUGCGCAAGGUCAAAAUUUGGAAGGUGAAUACUCACCAACUGCAGCCAGUCAGAUUCAUCUCCUUCCGUUAGAAAGUUUCAAUACUUUAAACAAUACAAAUGACCCUAAUGAAGAAGGGUCAUUAGUAGAAGUUGCCGAGAGUUCAUUUGGGGGUGACAGCAGAACCCUGGACUUGAAGAGUGAUGGUGAUGAAAAUGUUCCUGGGAACAGCUUGAUCCAGGCGGAAGUAUUCGGAGAUGGAGAUGGUGAAUUAUCAAAAACAAGUGGUGAGAUCAGUUUAGUUGGUUCUACAAGCUUCCAUGAAGAUGGCACCGUGGGAAAAAACUCAUUGCCAGAAGCUGAUCAUAGUUGUUCCGGUGAUACAAUUAAGAACCUGGACUCCUGUCAUGCUGGUGAGUCAAAAUCAGGUGAAGAAUCGUCAAAGCAAGUUGGCCAAAUUGUUCCAGAAAACAUUGAAGGUUUGAACGAACACGGUAGAGUUGAAUCAUCUGAAGAAGGUCUUCGAACUUCGUAUGGUCAUAUGAAUGCAUAUCCCUCUGAAGAGAGAGAGGAAACCUCUCUCUGUGUACAAACUAGAGAUUCUGAGGAAAUCAGGGAAGUGCAUAAUCUAGUAUCAGAAGUACCAACAGAUUCAGAAGGCCUGGCCAGUCACAUUUCUCAUAGUCAGCUAGAACAGAAAAAUCCAAAUGCCGAAGAGCUUCCAAGAGAAAAAGGUAUCUUUAGUAACCAUGGAAGCAGGAAUGGGCAUGAAAAGUCUACUAUUGUUUCAGAAGAAGAUGCACCCAGCUGGCAAGAGUUUCUACUUGAUGGACUGGAGGGCAGAGACGCAAUAUUGCUUGCUGACUACACUUCAGUUCUGCGGAACUACAAAGAAACGAAAAAAAGGCUUGCUGAGUUGGAAAAGAAAAACCAGGAACAUCUCGAAGAUACAAAGGCGGUAAUAAGCGAACUGAGGACUGCGAAUUCCAGGAAAUAUGUUGAGAUCCAAUCGCUCAGAGAUCGCCUGGACUCUUCAGAGAUGCCAUCCAGUAAAAUGGGUAGAAAUCGCACUUUGGAUAGAGUAAUUUCAGUUGUGAAAGAAGCUGAUUCGAGCGGUACUGGAGCACCGGAGGAGGCUUCACCAUUUGAAAUGAAGUUCAGAACUGAAAUCGACGGGUUAGUCGAUGAAAACCUGCGGUUCUUGGCAAGGUAUAGCAUGGCUUGCCACCAGGUGCAGGACUUCAACAGCAAAUAUCAGGAGCUACAGAAUGAGAUGGAGAAUCCUGAAAAUAAGAAGGCGGGAGGAGAGCCUGAUGCUGCGAUGGAGCCUGGACCAGCUGAGAAGAAACUGAGAGAGCUCAGGACCGAAGUGGAUGUAUGGUUUGAGCAAAAUGCACUUCUCGAUCGAGACCUGCAGCUUAAAACCGAAUCUCUUUGCAGCCUGCAGGAGGAGAUAGCCGACGCAUUGCGGUCUAGCACGGAGGCUGAUGGAGCCAGGUUUACGCCGUACGAAGCGGCCAGGUUUCAAGGGGAGGUGCAGAACAUGCAGCAAUCCAACAACAAGAUUGGGAGCGAGCUGCAGGCAGCGCUAGAGCGCAUGAGGGAGCUUGAAGGCAAGGUCAACGAAACCUUGCGGAAACUGCGGGAGAGCUUCGAGCUUUCGUCCAGGCGCUCGUCCCGUCUAGAGGCAGACACCAGCUACCAGAACCAGUUCAAGCAUUUCCCGAGCAGGACGAGAGUCCCAUUGCGGAACUUUUUGUUUGGCACGAAACCAAAGAAGAAAUCUCUGUUUGCCUGCAUCAAUCCUACAUACCAGAGACAGUUCAGCGAUUUUUGAGUGAAUAGAGCGCUGAAGUAAACAUGUAGCAACUAAGAUUUGGUGCAUUGCUUGCCAGGAGGUAGUGCUGAUUUAUUCUUUGCUGAAUUUCAUUAUAGUAGAGUGGCCCCGCUAUUUGGAUGGGAACACAGAACACAGAAUUACCAAGUUUUUCCAUAGAGAGAAACAUUACUGUUAUAUUGUAGCAUUCCAAAAGAAUACAUUAUACCAUCUGCCGCCAUACAUGAACAAGAGGAUGUGUCAAGAUAUGCCCCGCUAUGAGGCAGUUGUGUUGCCUCUAGUGUUAGCUUUUGGUUUGUUGAAUGAAUCUGCAUUUGGCAGGAGCAUUAGUAUUGUUUCUUACAUUGCUCUGUA